UGACCAGAUACAUAUCUUCCCUAAAUUCCUACAGUACAAUACAAGCAGCCACGUUGAGUUCAUGUUAACUUAUGCCUCUUUAUUAUCCUCAAUUUCCAACACUGGUCGGCACGUUUCAAAAACAAGCAAGCAAAAAGGCACAGACAACAUUCCGCCCCCGAAUCUCAGCGCCAACCACCUCGUCCCCUUCGACAAGACUAAUAAAACUCCUCGCACUGUCCUUCCCAAAAUAGCGUAAUCGAUUAUUCGGCGCCAAAAGACUAUGAUGGGUUCCACCAGGGUGCCCAAGUUGGGCUCCUUCCGCCACAGCUUCGCCGAGAAGAAGGAGAGGCUUCUGUCAAUGAAGGGCGGCGGAGGCUUCUCCCAGAUUGGGAUCGCGCUGCCGGAGUCCGAGGAGGACGACCCCUCGCCCCGCCGCCGCCGCCGCUGCUGCUCCUACCGCGCCUUCUCCGACGGGAUCGUCGGCGCGUGGCAGACCUCCAAGCGCGUGGCGGAGAAGGCGUGGGAGAUGGGGCGCUCCGAUCCCAGGAAGAUCAUUUUCUCCGCCAAAAUGGGUCUCGCGCUUAUUCUUCUCUCGCUUCUCAUUUUCCUCAAGAAGCCCUUCGAGGAUGUUAGUCGAUACUCCGUUUGGGCCAUUCUCACUGUCGUUGUUGUCUUCGAAUUCAGCAUAGGAGCAACUCUUAGCAAGGGCCUUAACAGAGGAUUGGGGACUUUGUUAGCUGGAGGACUAGCUUUGGGAAUGGGACUUUUAUCAAACUUGGCUGGAAAAUGGGAAGAACUUUUUAUAAUUGUUAGCAUCUUCAUUGCAGGAUUUUGUUCCACGUAUGCAAAACAGUAUCCAACAGUAAAGGCUUAUGAAUACGGUUUUCGUGUGUUCUUGAUCACCUAUUGCUACAUUAUUUUAUCAGGGUAUCGAACAGGAGAGUUUGUUGAAACAGCUAUAAAUAGAUUUUUGCUCAUUGCACUGGGUGCUGCUGUGGCUCUGGGGAUAAAUGUAUGUAUAUAUCCAAUCUGGGCUGGUGAGGAUCUACAUGAUCUUGUGGCAAAAAAUUUCAUGGGCGUUGCAACAUCAUUGGAAGGUGUUGUAAAUAACUAUCUUAAUUGUAUAGAAUAUGAGAGAGUGCCUUCCAAAAUUCUUACCUACCAAGCUGCUGAGGAUGUGGUUUACAAUGGCUAUAGAUCAGCUGUUGAAUCUACAAGCAAAGAGGAUGCAUUGAUGGGUUUUGCUGUCUGGGAGCCACCUCAUGGCCGAUACAAAAUGCUUAGAUAUCCAUGGCAAAAUUAUGUGAAAGUAAGUGGGGCACUAAGGCAUUGUGCAUUUAUGGUCAUGGCUAUGCAUGGAUGUAUACUUUCUGAAAUACAGGCUCCAGCUGAGAAGAGACAAGUCUUUAGCAGGGAGCUUCAGAAGGUUGGAUCUGAAGGGGCAAAAAUUCUAAGAGAACUUGGGAACAAAGUGAAAAAUAUGGAGAAACUAGGCCACGAAGACAUUCUUUUUGAAGUGCACGAGGCAGCAGAGGAAUUGCAACAGAAGAUUGACAAAAAAUCCUUUCUCCUUGUGAAUUCAGAGAGCUGGGAAAUUGGAAACAGGCCAAGAGGUGAGGGUGAUCCUCAAGACCUCUUGAACGAAGAAAGACACUUUUUGGAGUACAAGUCUCUGAGUGAAGCUGUGCUUGAUCUCAGAGCUGUCAAAGUUCCAAAAAGUUGGGAAGAACAACAACAAGCAACUCCUCCGAAUAUAGCUGCAGUACCUGCAGGUUUUGGUGAUGAAAACAUGUUCAGUAAACAGAUAUCUUGGCCUGCUCAUAUCUCCUUCCGAGCAGAUCCAGUGACAAAAGAGGAAGAAUCUAGAACCUAUGAAAGUGCUAGCUCUCUGUCUCUGGCAACAUUCACAUCUCUUCUUAUUGAGUUUGUGGCAAGGCUCCAGAACCUUGUGGAUUCUUUUGAAGAGUUAGGCGAGAAAGCAAAAUUUAAGGACCCUCUUGAGCAAGUACCACCAACAUCUGGUGGGUUUUGGCACAGGUUGUGUAAUUGUUUGACACUCAAGGAUUGAGAUAUAUGGAAGCAAGCGUGUAUAUCAUGGAGUAAUCUAUAUAAAUUCCAAUACCCCAAAAUCAAAGUGUGCAUUUCGUACUCUUUAGAAUUUAGAUUAUCUAAACUCUCUCAAAGUGAUCAUUUUUUCGUUGGCCUUGCCAGCCAUGGACAACUCACCAGUUAAAUCAACAACUACCCAGCGCUAUUACUGAUGCUAUCUCUCUAAAUUUUGACAAUGAAAAACAUUCAAAAUUUGUGUGCAUCGAUAUUUCAAUUUUAUUCAAAAAGUUUUUUUUUUCUGGUACAUUUUAAUUUUUGGUGUA